AUGCACAUACUGGAAAUUGGCGCUGAACAAGACGAAGAGAAUGGAAACGGACGGCCAGCGACGGAUGCAACAUUUCGAACUGUUCCUCCCGAUCACACGACAUUCCUAAUAUGGCGAAUAACGAAGUCAGCGACGGAAAUGCUGCCGCGUUCUCAUUAUGGCACCUUCUAUGACACAGACGCGUACCUCGUCUACUCGGCAUCUUUGUCCGGGCAGCCUGCAGGACCUGAUGUCAUUCGCCGUGAAAUAAAAGAGAAUGGGAACGGAGAGUAUGCUGAGCGUCACAUCCAUGCAUGGGCCGGAGAGCGAGCUGGUGGUCUGGGAACUGUGGCCUUGCAACGAGCGACUCAACUUCUAUCUCAUAUCGGGGCACCGGCUGUCCUUCAUCGGGAGACUGCCACUAAAGAGUCGCCUAGAUUACUCUCCUAUUUCCAUGAUGGAAUUAGGAUCCUGUGCAAUGGAUCAAACAACCUAAACAGUGGUCGUCUUUACAAAGUACGUGGACGAAGACCUGUAAUGUUGCAAUUGGAACCCGUCUCCUGGUCCCAUCUCACAUCGGACGGAGUAUUCGUUCUGGACACGCCAUCUUUAGUUGUUUUGUGGCUUGGGCGCGCUGCUAACCUCGUUGAGAAAAUAUUCGGUGCUAAGAUUGCAUACAGAAUGGCUCGCGGUGCUGAUAAAGGUAUGAUGUCCCGUCGAAUAACAAUCGCCCACGAUGGCUACGAGCAAACUCUUCCAGUGGCAGACCGAAAUCUUCUCGAUUCCAUGUUGGAUCUACGCGCUCGAUCCGUCCGCCCUGUGGCGCCAACUUUAGACUCGCCGAGACCAGCCCGCUUAUAUAAAUCCACUCAACCGUCAAGAGCAUCACCAGUGUCGGUUCCUUCACAAAAACCGGCUGCCCGACUAGAGGAGAUAAAACAAGCGCCACUCUUUAGAACUGACUUGAACGAUGACAGCAUCUACGUAGUAGACGCGGGAGCACGAGGUGUAUGGGCAUGGGUUGGGUCGAGCGCUUCUAAAACUGCUUCUCGAGGCGCCCUAGCUGCCGCCCGAGGUCUUGCUAAAGCGCGUCGAUACUCCGGCCCUGUAUCUGUCACUAUUGCUGGUCGUGAACCGUUGGAAUUUGCUGCACUGUUUCAUAAGUGGAAUUGGUACGAUAUGCGACGCGAAGUAAGGCUUAAGUCUGCUAGAUCCGCUACUACUAAGUUGGAUGCAGUGAGUCUCGCUACAAAUGCGUGGUUAGCUGCUGAGGCUCAGGUUCCAGAUGACGGCUCAGGAGCUCUUCGCAUGUGGCGUGUACGUCGCGAAGAGGAGUGUGAGCGAGAACGAAGCGCAUUGCAAGAGUUAGAGCGACCACAGCAGGCUGUGUUCUACGAUCGCGACUGUUACAUCGCUUUAUAUACGUACCACGCACCUACAGGGGACCAAACAAUUCUUUAUUAUUGGAUGGGUGGCUCUUCUCCAAAUGACCUUAAGAAUUUGGGCGCAAAGGAAGCCAGGGACCUUUACACAAAGCUGGGGCGACUUCCAAUUCAGGCUUGGGUAUACCAAGGCAAGGAGCCCGCUCACUUCUUGCAAAUCUUCAAAGGGAGAAUGGUGACAUACUGCGGUACCGCAACAAACUAUGAUCCAAGUGGCCGGCGUGUGAUCCCACCUCCUCGGGCAUUAAUCCGGGUAUCUGGACAGUAUGCACGAGAAGCCCGAGGUGUGGAAGUGGGCUGUGCCUCCACUGCUGGCGGACGAGGGGCAUGUUACGUGGUUCGCGAAGGUGCCCGCGUGUGGGUAUGGUGUGCUACCACUGCAACUGGUGACGAAAGGGAGGUCGCCAAGAAUAUGGCAGCUGCUGAACACGUUCUUGUUAUGCAAGGUAAAGAGAAGUCAGAUUUCUGGGCGGCUCUUGGAGACCGUAGACACCUGCUUGUUCCCUCACCAUUAGAAGAGAUGCAGCGCCCUCUACCACCACGCCUGUUCUACGUGUCAACAUCUGCACCUGGGCACUAUACUUUUGAAGAGAUAGUAUCGUUUAGCCAGUACGAGCUGGCUCCGGAGAUGUGUGCUGUCUUGGACGUGCACUGCACGGUCUAUGUGUGGCUUGGAUCCCAUUGCUGCGUGCGGACUAAAGAUGAUGCCAGGAAUGUUGCUCUAUCCUAUCUUUCAUAUGAUCCAGCCUCUCGUGAUCCUGAAACUCCAAUAUUCAUGUUAAGCCAGGGAAGAGAGCCCCCCUAA